ACAGACAUCAGCAGACCAGUUGACUUCUUCCUGCCGAACAUUCACCAUCAGCAGACACCUACCCACAAUGGCCUACAUCUCAGAACUUAAUGUGUCCCUCAAUGUAUCUGAGGAGCAAUUUCUCCAAUCACAAGGCUUCAAGAAAAUCAGUGUUGAUCUAAACAAAGGAGCAGGAGGAAAUGACAUCUUUCUUUGGUACAAAAAAGGAUCAGUACCAAUCACCAGGGUUCAAUUUACAUUCAACGAUAACAUGAGUGUUGGAUUGAGCAAUGCAGGGUACACAAAGGUCCAUAAAGAUCUCAAUGCAAACGCAGGAGGUGAUUACAUCUACCUUUGGUACUUCAGAGGGUCCGGGGAGUUCCACACUCCCAUAGUGGACAUUGAUGUCACUAUAGAUCCAGGAAGUGAAGCCCUGAAGUUCAGCACAGGCUGGGAGAAAUCAGCCUGUGAUCUGAACCGCAAAGCUGGAGGGAACUGGAUCCACACCUGGGUGAAGAGAGAGAAACAAACCUACAUCUGUGAUGUCUCUGCUACUGCUUCCUACGGAUCAGACACCGACUUCUAUAAGGCAGGUUACAUCCGUGUGGAUGAAGAUACUAACAGAGAGGCAGGAGGUCCCGAUGUCUUCAUCUGGUAUCGUCAGACCACCGACCCCAGACGAUGCGCUCACGGAUCUGAAUAG